AAAGAAAACUCAUAUUGCAACGAUUAAUUGUUAUUGUUAUUGUUAUGGUUUUCUCCAUAGACCAAGGACCAUGGCUAUAUAGUAACCAGUAAUUUUGUUUACCACAAAGAUCUAUCUAUACGUAUAAAUUUUUCUUAUUAUUUUUAUUAAUGGUUACUUCGGACAUUAUAUUUGAUUAAACUAAAUUAUACUUUUGAAUAAAUUAUAAAGCAAAAUAAACAUUAAUAAAAUAUUGAUUUUAUUUUUAAUUAUUAUUCUGUAAAAUUAAUGAGUGUAAACAAUAUUAUAGACACACGUUUUUAAUUUUAAUUAAAACGUUUAUAUGUAAUUUUUGUAUAUAUUAUUAUAUUUAAAACAAGAAAUUCGUUUAGAUUCAAAUUAUUCAAUUGCUUGCUUAUUAAGAUGGGAAGAAGGUGUUGCAUUGUUUGUUUAAAAUAUCCAAUAAAAGAACAAGGAAUUUCAUUGCAUUGGUGAGUUUUAGACAUUAUGUAGAUUCCCAUUAUUAUUACAAAGUUAUGUAUAACAUUAUGUUUUACAGUUUCCCUAAAAACUUGACUGAACGAAUGACAUGGUUAAAAUCAUGUGACCUGAUUGAAACAGACUAUGCACCUAGUCGUCGUAUAUGUUCCCGUCAUUUUAGUGAAAAAGAUCUGUUACCUCCAUCAAUGAAAGACAAUAGACGUUGUUUAAGACCAGGUUCAGUUCCUAGAUUAUCGUGUUAUAGAAACAAGUCUGUUAAGGUUGAUCAUUUUUAGUUAUUCCUAUUCAAUUGAAAAAUAAAUGUUAUAAAUUAUAUUGUUAUUUAUUGUUUACAGAAUUCGUCUAAUGGUUCCAGCAACACGUCUUGUAAAAUACAAAUUAAUUCUUCAAAUAAAGUACUCCCUGAAUUAUCCUUAAAAACCAAAAUGUUGGAUUAUGAUAACUCACAGUCAAAAGCAGUAAGCUGUAGUUCUACAAUGCCAUUUAAUCAUUUGAUAACGAAUGAUUUUAGUAAGUGAAUUAUAUUUAACAUAAUUUAAUUAUUUUUAAAAAAAUUAUAAAAAAAACCUGUUAUUGAAAUCUAAUAUUAUCUUAGUAGUAAUAGUUGUUUUAUUAUUCUAAUAGGAUAUGAAAAUAUUUCAAUUUAUAUUUGAUUAUAAAAUAGUACAAUAUAUAAUAUUGUUAUAUUAUUGAUAGUUGAAAUAUUUUGUAUGUUAACAUCUUAUUUUUAUUUGAAUUAGUUAUUAAAUAAACUGUUAAUAACCAAAAUAAGUACCUUUUUCUUUGUAUUCAGAAUAUUCUGAUAAAAUCAAUUGCAUAUCUGUUGUAGCCUUAUAGAAUCUAUAGAUUCAUGUAAAUCUAAUGUAUAUUAAAAUAUUUAAAGAAUUGUAUGAAUAUUAAAAUAUUUAUAAUUUAUAAAAGUAACUAUUAACAAACUUUUUUUUUUUAGAUUUUUGUUCAUCUGAUUCAUCAAAAUUAAUUUUAUUUGAACCAGAAAGCAUUAAUUUAAAAAAUGAGUCGUUGGAAACCACUUUUGAACAAAAUGAACCACAUAAUGAAAACUGUGGUAGCCAAUCGCCAUAUUACACAAAUGAUUAUGUUUCUAGUAAGUUGAUUAUGAAUAAAAAAAAAAUAUACAUUAUUUGUUAGUCGUAUUAUAAUUUGACUAAUUGAUAAGUAUUUUGUUACGAACUGGAAGUUAAGGUUUUAAUACACGGCGUAAUAAGUGGGGUCUAGUGUUUAAUAACUUUCUUUUGGAUUUGAGAUGGGGACCCCAAGUUAGUCUUUUAUCUAACAUAAUACCAGAUAUUUAACUUGAGUCAAGGAGAAGAUAGGAACUCUUGGAGGGAGAGAGUGGGAAUAAUUUUUUUGUUGAGAGUAAAAGGAACAUAGGAGGCUUUGUUUUGUCAGCGUUGGUUUUGAUUUUCCAGUUUGAAGACCACUUCCCAAUAAAGUGAAGGUGGUGUUGGAGGAUAGUGAAUUCUUCAACUGGAUCACUUUUUUUUUGGUCAUAAAAUAGCAAAUUUUGUAUAUACUUAAUUUUCUCAGAAGUAAUGAAAAAACUAAUAUCAAACAGGGAUCCAUUUAAGUGGAUACACCCAUUAUCUCAGAAAGUAUUAACUAUUUUCGAGAUUUAUUUUCUAGAACAUUUAAGAAAUAAGUACUUCCACAAUUUUAUGGAGGUAAAAUCAUUACUUAAUUUUUGAUUUUCAAAUGGCAACCUAUAUUAAAAAUAGAUGGAGUAUUUUAUUUUUUUUUAUUUUUUAUUUAAGACAAUCUGCAAUCUAUACAACAAUAUACACAUUAAUUAGAUGAGAUAAAAAAAUACAAAAAAAAAAAAAAAAAAAAAAAAAAAAGUAACAAUGAAUAUUUUGAUUUUGGGGAAAUACCCAGUGGUAACACCCAAUACGUGAUAUUAUUUAUUUAAUGUCGGUUAAUACAGAUUUUUUUUUCUUUUCAUGUUAAGACAAAAGGCUACUGCUCCGUUUUCUUUUUAUCUAGUAUAGUACAUUUUGGCGGUUUGAUUUAGGAUUUAUGCUUUAAGAUCUUUGUGAAGAUUAUUGUUUGUUAUGUACCAGGGUGCAGAUGAUAGUAGGCGGAAAAAAUGGAGUAUUAAAAUAAAUUUGAUUGUUGAAAUUUUUUAUUUCUGUCAAGCCGUUGACGAGAUAUUCCACUUUUAAGUUUGGUUUGGAGGAGAGUAGUGGAGUAUCAUUUGUGUGGCGAUAUGACGUGUUAAUAUUGCACCACUCUUAUAAUGAGUUUACCCACUUAAAUGGAUCACCUGGAAUAAAAAUGUUUCAAUACAAGUAUAUUAAAAACAUUCAAAUUUAUGAUUUGUUUUAAAAUUGUAGUUAUAUCUAUUUAAAAAAAAAAAAAAACAAUAUAUACAUUUAUUGUCAAUCGAUUUAUUCGGAAUCUGAGUUUGAAUUUGUGUCACCUGUAAUUGCAAUUUUAGCUUUGUACAAUUUAAUGAUAAUCAAUUUUUAGCAAGAACCAAUAUGGUAAUAAUGUAAUAUAAUACAGCAUAAAAUUAGAGGUGGUUAGUAUUUUUAAUACAAUUGUAUUUUGUAUUCUAUUUUAAAAGUUUUUGGCCCAUCCCUAAGUACGAUAUAAUACAAUUGUAAUAAUUAAAAUAUGAGGAAUUUUUUUCAUAGGUAAAAUAUUUCUGGCAUCAUUGUCAUUGUCUUCUUGAUUAUUUUGAAUUAAAUAAAUUUAAAUAUAAAUAAAAUAGUAAACAUGAAACCAAUUACGCGCACGUAAGAAUAUAAAAUCAAAAUAGUACUGUAAACGACACAAGAAUCAACAGUUAGCUUGCACAUUUUGCUCAAUGUGUUUACAUAAACCAAACUAAAAAUUGACUGUACACUGCUUGAAAAUGUUUUGUAGGGAGGACAUUCCAAAAGCGAGAAAAACAAGUUUGAUUGGCCGCCGUAUGAGGUCUUUCGUAGCUCAGGCUGAACUUUUGGAUACUAAAAUUUUAACUGAUUUGUGUUUUAUGACAUAAUUUGUUUUUGAAUUGUUAAUUAGUCAUUACUAGGGUCCAGAUUUCAUUGUAAAGUGCAUUUUUUGAGAGAGUGAUCUAAGUACAUAAUUUGAUUCAUAUUACAGAUAUUUUAAAAACCUCAGAAACUUUGAUUCUAUAUUUUUCUAUUUUUAACAUUUUAGUAAUUUUGUUAGUUAUAAGUAGAAGUCAAAUUUCAAUUUGCAUCUUUUUUUUUGGAAUGUCUUACCCAAUGCUUUCUUACAAAUGUAUUUCAAGUAUUCCAAGUUGUAACUAUAAAAAAAUUUUGGGACAAUUUUUAGUGGAAUUUAUACUUUUUGGGUCAUUUUUGAUGUAUUUACCAUAUUAUGACCAAACAAUUUACUUUAUUAAAAUAUAACAUUACUGUGUAAUAUAAAUAAUUUUUAUCUCGAACAAUGUAAUGAUAAUAAAAAUUGUUCAAAUGAAUAAAACGGGCAAAUUGUCCAGUAGUACAAAUAAAUAGAUAAGUUAUUACAAUACAUUUUUAUGGAAGUAGAUACAAUAAUAUAAAAUUUUGAUAAUUAUAGACUAGAAUAUAAACUAAAACGACUGUAAAAGUAGGUAUAAUAUUACAUAUUGUUAGUUAAGUAUAUUUUAAGAAUUGAGACUUUUGGAGUAUAGAAAUAUUCAACAUUUGGUGCAAGUUUAUUGCACAAAGUCAUGGCUCUAGCAAUAUGAGAACAUUAUGGCAUUAUUAUAGCAUUAUGUUUGAGAACUAGUUUCUCUAAUAAUUUGUCAAUUUGUAUAAUGUCUGAGAUUGGUUGAUAGUUUUUACAUCUAGCUUAUUGUGUUUUUUGAAACCCGGGGUAAUUGAGGUGAUUUUCCAGAUAGAUAGGAAAACACCUUCCUCGAGUGAUUUUUUAAAGAACAAGAAAACAAGAUAGGGAAUAGAAUCUGAUAAAUUGGAGAGAAAAUAAUAGGAAAUACCAUUAGGUAAUCUGGUUUUAAAUUAGAUGAGGCAAUUUUUAUUGAAGGAUUUUCUUAUUGAGCAAUACUAUUUUAUCAAUGGUGCGUGUGGCCGAUUUUUGUUUAAUUUAUUGGCAGGGCAUUUUUUAGAGUUUUUAUGCCAUAAAUACAUUUUUUAUAUUUUUAGGGCAUUUGAAUCUGAGCCUUAUUUAUAAUUGUAAAUUUAUACCAUAUAUGCUAGAAUAAGGAGCAGGCGCGUGAUUUUGUGGACAAAAUAUCCUCUUACCUAAAUAUGCCUAUCUUAAAACCAUACAUUUUAAUUAAAUAAUACUGGUUGGUUAAUAAUUAUUUGUUUAGGUGUUUUUUUAUCUGAAUUGUCUGAAACAGUAUCAGUUAAAUCUGAAUUAUCCGAAACAGUAUCAAUGAAAUCUGAAUAUACUGAUUCAUCUUAUGGUUUUGCAUUUUCAAAUAGUUUGAUGACUAGCAACAAUGAUAUUUAUCAUUUACAUAAUGAAAUAGAUAACUCAAGUAAGUUUUUUAAAAAUUACAGUAUGGAAUUAAUUAAUAAGAUUUUUGUGUUAAUUUAAGUUUUUUAAUUUUUAAUUUUAGGUUUGUGUAUGUAUGGUUUAUGUGAAACUAUGGAUGUUAAAUCUGAAAUGGUUAAUGAUAUAGCUAAUGAGUAUCCACCUACAAAUUGUUCGUUAAAAGACAAGUCCUGUUCAUCAGAUAAAGAUGAAAAACUAAAAUGCACUUCAUUGCAAGGUAUUACCUAGUCACCUAGUAACCAAGUAACCUAACUAGGUUAUUGAAUUGUAGAUUGUAUCAGAGGUUUCACUUAUGAUAAUAUUGCUAUCAUUUCUUUAAAAAUACCAAAUUAAAAUUGAAAAUUCAUAUUAUAUUUUGUAAUCAUCGAGAAAUCAGUAAUAUAUUUAAAAUAAAUAACUUUGUAUAAAACAAUUACAAUUAUUUCUAUACAUAUAUUUCAUGAAAAUAUUUGAAAUUUCAACCUUAUUCAGGAAAAUAUAAAGAAAUUAAUAAAAAAAAAACCAUUAAUACAAUUUUUUAGAAUGCUUUCGGUCUUAUCAAUCAAAGAAAGCUUAGCAUUUAUAAAUAUGAUUAUUCAGUGGCAGCGCGAUAGGAUAUUUCACGAAGCGAUAGCUACAUGACCAAUUGGGUGGUGGUACCCCCAGGCUAAAAAUAUGAAUUAUGCCCGCUUAUACUUUAAAUCAUCCCAAGAAAUAGCAAUAACAUGACAUCUUCUAAAGUGAAAUAUUCCGGAGGUAAAAUAGUCCCUCGUUCGGAUCUCCAGGUGGAGACUACUGAAGAAGGAAAUGUUAAGGGUUGGAGAAGAAUAGCUAUUUGGAACGUUAGAACUAUGUUGCAAUGCGGGAAACUAGAAAACUUGAAAAUAGAAAUGGCAAGAAUGAAGAUGGAUAUCCUUGGCCUGUCAGAAAUGAGAUGGCCAAGAGCUGGAGAUCUAUGGAGUGGGGAAUAUAGGUUGAUACAUACAGGAACAGCGGAGAAUAACCCAGGAAUUGGAGGGGUAGGCAUAAUAAUGAGUAAGGCUAUUGAGAAAAAAGUUGAAGGAUUUGUACAGUACAACGAAAGAAUAAUAUUAGUCAAAAUCGAAACGAAACCUAAGGAUACAAUCAUAGUCCAAGUCUACAUGCCUACUUCUAAUAGCAGCGAGAGGGAAUUGGAAGAAGUCUAUGAAGGAAUAGAAAAAGUUAUUGAAAAAGUUAAAGGAGAUGAAAAUCUUAUCAUUAUGGGUGAUUGGAACGCUGUUUUAGGAGAAGAAAGCCUAGGGCACAUAAUAGGAAAUUAUGGCCUAGGAAACCGAAAUGAAAGAGAAGAUAGAUUAAUAGAUUUCUGUUCAAAACACUAGUUAUUAUUAAUGAAUACCUACUUCAAACACCAUCCAAGAAGAAGGUAUACAUGGAAAAUGCCGGGAGACAUAAAUAGAUAUCAAAUAGAUUAUAUUAUGGUCAAGAAGAGAUUUAGAAACCAAGUAAAAGACUGCAGAAGCUACCCAGGAGCAGACAUAGAUAGUGACCAUAACUUGUUAAUGAUGAAAAGUAACCUAAAAUUCAAGAAAAUAGUAUUAAGGAAAAACAAUGAUCGAUGGCAUAUAAAUAAAUUAAAAGAAGAAAAGGCAAAUGAUAAGUUUAAAGAACUUACAAACGACAUGAGUAUAAAUGAGAGAACCGAUAUAAACAAUAGGUGGGGUAUUAUAAAGAGCACAGUGACAGAAGCAGCAUCAAAGACACUGAAAGAAAACGACAGUAUCUAGGAAAGAAUGGAUAACAACAGAGAUAGCAAGGAUGAUAGAAGAAAGAAAAAAGCUUAAGAAUGGAACUACUUUUGAAAGUCAGCGCAAAUAUAGAGAACUAAGAAAUCUUGUAAUACGAAAGUCAAAAGAAGCAAAGGAAACAUUUUUAGAAGAAAAAUGCAAAGAAAUAGAGGUACAAAUGAGGAAUGGUAGCAGAGAUGCAGCGUAUAAAUCAGUUAAAAAUUUCUUUAACGAUUAUAAACCAAAUAGGGGGGCAAUAGAGGAUAAUAACGGAGUAAUUAUUUAUGAAGACAUACAGAGAGGGGACGUAUGGAAGAAGUAUCUUGAACAGCUAUAUGAGGGGCCAGAACUCACAGGACAAGAAAUAGAGCAUGAAGAAAUAAUGGACAAUAGCUCAAAUUAUAGUGUAUUGAGAGAAGAAUUUGAUAAAGCACUUAGAGAUCUAAGAAGAAGAAGGCAGCAAGAAUUGACGAAAUUCAAGCAGAACUUUGGAAAGAAUCUGGGGAAAGCAUGCAUAGUGAGCUUUUUAAACUCAUAAAGGAAAUAUUUAACUCAGGAGAACUUCCUCUAGACUUUACCAAGUGUAAGAUUAUUCCUAUUCCGAAAAAAGCAACCGCAAACAAAUGUGAUCAGUACCGUACAAUUAGCUUGCUGACACACGUGUCAAAAAUACUGACAAUAAUCAUAUUAAGAAGAAUGGAAUAUACGAUUGAAGCCAUAUUGUCAGAAGACCAGUUUGGGUUCAGAAAAAAUAUGGGUACAAGGGAAGCAAUAUUGGCUUUAAGAAUAAUUAUCGAGAAAAGAAUUAGAAAAGAUAAGCCUACAUACAUAGCUUUUGUUGAUAUAGAAAAAGCGUUCGAAAAUGUCAACUGGGCAAUAAUGUUCAAGAUACUUAAAAGAGCGGGUACAGAAUAGACUGAAAGGAGACUACUCUUUAAACUAUACCAGAAGGAAACAGCUGUUAUACGAUUUGGUGGAACUGAGGAAGAAGCACGCAUAAGAAAAGGAGUAAGGCAGGGUUGUAAUCUCUCACCUAGCAUAUUCAACGCAUACAUCCAAGAGGCAAUUGACAUAAUAAGAGAGANGCUACGGUUUGCAGAUGAUAUAGCAGUCAUAGCGGAAAAUGAAGAAAAAAUACAAAGGAUGCUGAGAUGUAUGGAAGAAACUCUGCUCAAUGAACUGAGCAUGAAAAUAAAUAUGCAAAAGACCAAAGUUCUCGUAUGCAGCAGAAACAAUAAUAUUACGACAAGAAUACAUCUGCAAAAUAACCAAGAAAUUAAGCAAGUAGAAGAGUUUGCAUACUUGGAAGCAUAAUAAGUAAAGAUGGUAGAAGUAAAAAAGAAAUAGUUAAGCGAAUAUGCCAAGCUAAGAUAGCAUUUAACAAAAAAAGAGGACUUUUUACUUCAAAAAGUAUUAGCCUACGCACCAGAAUAAAUCUUCUGGUGACAUACGUAUGGAGUAUAAUGCUGUAUGGCAGCGAAACGUGGACGAUUACCAAAGCAUAGCGGAGAAGGAUAGAAGCUUUCGAGAUGUGGUGUUUCAGAAGAAUGCUUAAAAUAAGUUGGACGGACAUGGUAUCAAACAAGGAAGUAUUAAAAACUUAUGGAGUAGUAUCAAGAAAAGGAGAAAUGAAUGGAUUGGACAUGUAUUGAGACAUGGUGGGUUGCUAGGAUUAAUUAUAGAAGGCUGCGUGGAAGGAAAAAAUGCUAGGGAAGACCAUUAAUGGAAUAUAUGCAACAAAUAAUAGAGGACCAAGGGUGUACUUAUAAAGAGACAAAGAGGAAGGCAAGUAAUACGGAAGAGUGGAGAAUUGCUACAAACCAAUCUCAGGAUUGAAUACUGAAGAUGAUGAUGACUUUAUACUUAAUACUUUAUUGUUAUUAAUAUAAAAUAAAUAUAUAUUUAUAUUAAAUUAAUAUAUAACAUUUCAUUAGUUCACUUUAACUUUCAUAUAUUAAAUAUUCAGUGUUAAAAGGUAAACAACAAACAUAUUAAUAAACCACAAUUUUUAUGAAGAAAAAAAAAUCCCACAUACUCCUAAACUUUGUUGAUUAAAUGUCACAUGUUUUACAUGGCUCAUCAUUGUGGUCAUUAGUACUGUGUUCUCUUGUAUUGACAGAGCAAAAUAAAAAAAAAAAAGGUAUAAUGAAUUAUUAAAAUAUACGAACUGCCCAAUUUUAUUAAUUUUUAAUAUUCAUAAAAUAAAAAAUCACCAUGACUCAAAGCAUAUAUUUGUGGAAUGGUAAAUCGGUGAAAAUAGGGAGGGGGGAUUUCGUCCCCAUGACUGUCUAAUAACACUUAGGUGGUGAUAGUCAACCUCUAACAUCUAUAUUUGCCAUAUAAAAUAAAAAAGUUCGCGCCGCCACUGAGAUUAUUCAUACUUUAUAGUGCUAAAAAAAACCAGAUCAAUUUUUUUAAUGUGAUUAAUUGUUACAAAGUGCCACAAAGUUCUUUAUUGUGAAAGUAAUAUAAUACAAAUUUCAAUAUUAUUCACUAUAAUUGAUGUUUCCAGGCAAAUUUCAAAUUUAACACAAUACAUGUUUUAAUUUAAUUCUAUAGUUUUUAUUAAUUUAUCAUGUAUAAUUAUUAUAAUAAAACUUUUGUAUUCAUUGUAGAAAAACAUAAAAAGAUGUCCUAUGGUAUUGAUAUUAAAUUAUCAGAUUUUAGUUCGCCCAUAAAAGCAAAAAGAAAUUUCCAUAAGGCAAAACAGCACAUUAUACAACAAAACGACAAGAUUAAAAAGUAUCAACAGAAGGUCCGAAAACUCAUAAAACGCAUUAACUUAAUGAAAGACGAGUUAAAGAGUUAUAAAACUGCCAAAUAAUAAUAAUUAUUUAUUUAAACUGGUCAAGCUGCCCAUUAACAACAUUUAUACAUAUCUAAGUAUACAGUAUUAGCCAGUGGCGUAUUUAUUAUUUUUAAUUUACUCUAUAGUAUUUUUAUUUAUUAAGUUUAACUGAUAAUGUAAUAAUGUAUGAGAGGUUAAUACAUAGGUCAAUAAGCAUUCAAGACAUAUUUAGUUAUGAGUAAUUUUUAAGCAUUUUAAAGUGUAACAAACAAUUUUUCAAAAAUUUAUAUUCUUAAACAUAGUGUACAUUUUUAAAUGAUUAUAUUUAGUGAUAACAUAUA